AUGCUCUCCACAGGCUCAGAGCUCCCCAAGCCACCCCUACCUAUCAGACAAGAUGGAAAAUUUUACUCCAGAUUGCACCCCAUCAAGGACUCUUCUUCUUCCUUGGCCUGCCCCUCGUUCAGAGUCUACUAUGGGGUGGCUUCGGGUGCUGUGCCAUUCUUGUGGGAGUCUCAGCCUGGCAUCCCAAAGAACACCUACUCGUCCAACACCCUGCUGCAGCCUCCUCUAAGUCCUCCUCCCUCCUACUUCAGCAGCACCAAGAACAAGAGCUCCAAGAAGAUCACAUCCAACAAGUUUGAUUUCAAGCUCAGCUUUCGGAGGAAAAAGUUCUGCCACUCGUUUCCUUUUCCUUCGCCCUCGUUCACUUCUCCAGUCUCAUCAACAUCGUUGGCAUCGACAGCAGGACCUGCCGGGGCAUCGAGGUGUUGCAGCAGAAGGCCAGUGGUCAAGUGCUUCACCUGCUUUUGGAACCAUGUGGAUGCGGAUUAG